AUGCCGCCUAUUGCGAUUGCAGCAUGUUUCCUUUUCAACAAGCGAAUCGUGCCACAAGAUGAUUAUUUCAGAUUGCGAAUAAUUGCUUUCGAAAAUAUACAUUCUGAUAAUUCGUUGCAGAAAGAAGGCUAUUGGAGUGAUGCAGUAAUGUCAUCGCCAACACCACCACCUGUACCUAAACAUCGUCAUCAAGUGGAGUCCGAAGAACUUUGCGCAUCGAUCACAAAUGAACUAGGUUAA